UCUCCGCCGGUUCUUCACUGGGUGUUUUUUCAUCCAUUUAACAACCACUGACUUCCGACGGGAUUUUAUUCAUUUUGGAGCUUUUCUGUUUUUACCCCCGGUGCAUGGAUGGAGUCUUCCACGCAGGAUUCAGCGAGCGACCCGGGGAGGAGCGGAUCUGAACCGGCUACACCACUCACGGAGACCCCGGUGAUCCUGGAGCUUCUCCCCGGCGAAGAGCACCUUUCUCUGGCUAAGAAACCCAGCAGCAAAGCUCAGAUUGAAAUCAUCCCCUGUAAGAUCUGUGGAGAUAAAUCCUCGGGGAUCCACUACGGGGUGAUCACCUGUGAGGGCUGUAAGGGUUUCUUCAGACGCAGUCAGAAAAGCAACGCCAGCUACUCGUGUCCGCGACAGAAAAACUGUCUGAUCGACCGAACGAGCCGAAACCGCUGCCAACACUGCCGUCUGCAGAAGUGUCGGACUGUGGGCAUGUCCAGAGACGCUGUGAAGUUCGGCCGCAUGUCGAAGAAGCAGCGGGACAGUCUGUACGCUGAGGUUCAGAAACACCUCCUCCAGCAACAGAAGAACCAGGAGGGACCCUCUCUCCUCCUGACUCUCCCCAGCAUUGAGACCCCGAUCCUGGGGGAGGCCGAGCAGCUCUCCCCCCUCUACGGCCCCCCGACCUCCAGCAUCACAGAGCUGCAGGACGAGGGAUACAUGGUGCAAAACUCCCCUGAAGGAGGGUCAGUGUCUUCAAAGGCAGACUCAGGAGGGGGAGGAGGAGGAGGAGGAAGAGGGGGAGGAGGAGGAGGAAGAGGAAGAGGAAGAGGAAGAGGAAGAGGAGGAGGAGGAAGAGGAGAAACUCAGGGUUUCUACCUGGACAUCCAGCCGUCCCCUGAUCAGUCGGGUCUCGAUAUUAACGGCAUCAAACCGGAGCCUCUGAGCGAUUUAAAUUCCAACAACGGCUUCUUCCCGCUCUGCCCCCUCAGCGAUGGAGACCCUUCCUCACUGUCCAUGGCUGAACUCGGUGAGAAGCCCAUGCCUUAAAUACAUUCCACAUUUAGACAGAGAAAUGUGGGCUUUAGCUGGCAGCGAGCGUCUGACACAAAGAUGCUUUUGUAAUGCAUGUUGGGUAAUGUAGAGGUUUGAACCCCUCCUGUGUCUUAAGGCCCAGAAGCAGCUGAAGUAUCCGACACAUUGCUUUGAGGGAGCUACAAGGAUUCAAAAGUAAAGGAUACAUCACCCAGAGGAUAACGUUUGAUUACAUAAAUGAUUUAUAAUAACAGUUGGUCAAUACUGUUGCUUUUACAGGUGAGAUGUAACAGACUUAUAUUACACUGAGAAUCAAAAACAACUUGAAAAACAAACUCCAUAAAUAUAUAGUUUUCAAACUAACCUGGCAAAAAAACCUUAACAACAACAACAACAACAUACGAUCACUGUAAUGGACACACAGAGAGACGGGAGAGCUGGAGCUUGAUGGCAAACACUGAAGGUUUAUUACGAAGUUACGGUCGGAGAAUUGACAAAAACAUGUUCUGCAGACACGAGGCGACACAGAGCACUUAGCUCUGAGAGAAUAAUCAACACGCUGCAUACCAACAUCAAAUAAAGCACUCUAGCAGGAAUAAGGAGACACGACUCUGAGAGCAGCCCAAGGUGGAGGCCUACAUUUACAUUUAUUUAGAGAACAUAACAAAACACAAAACCAACGUCCUACAAAAAGAAAAAAGGGCAGAAAUGAACGUGUUAAUAUUAGUGUCCUGAAACAUUGGGAGCAAAGAGACGGAAGCACCGACAGGCUCUUCUCAGAAAAGCAUGAUUAAAAAGCAAUGGUUUGAUUCCCCCUCUCAGCUCUGAUAAUGUGCUCCGACGAACCGAAAGAUGAGUGUAAGGCUAAAGAUGAGGAAACAGCAGAAGAAGAAGAGAUGCAGGAACAAAAAGCACAAAGACUUUCAGACACAAAGAAGUUUAAAAUAGAGACUCAUUAAAACCCCUGUGUAAUGAGCAGCUGCUAAUUGGAGCCGAGUGGGAAUGAUUCUCCCGUGAGAGCCGCUUCAUAAGAACCCCCAUCCUUUACCCGGAGACGCUGCUCCUUGUUUUCACAUCCAUUAGCAGAG